AUGACAGCAUCGACGCACGCAGAAGAAGGCUUUUGGGCCAACCUCUUCAGCGCUGAGAACACGCUCGGCGAGCUCCUCGACGGCAACAACCACCCGGUGGCGAUCUCGGACUUGAACCCGAUCGUGCUUGUGCUGCUCUCGGCGUACUGGUGCCCACCGUGCCGCGCACUCACGCCGUCGGUUGUCGAGUUCGUGAACAAGCACCCGACAGAAGUCUCGGUCGUCUACUUUAGCCGCGACUACAACCCCGAGAUGCAAGCGUUCAACCUCCGCACUAAGAGCCUCUACCACCGGUUCGCGUGGCACGCCGAGAACAUCGAGACGUUCAAGCGGCUCAAGAGCGCGUAUCCUUCGAUCCAGGGCAUCCCGACCAUGUUUGCAGUGGACCGCGACUCGGGCAAGAUUUUCAGUGAGCGCGCGGCCGUGAGCAUUCGUAUCUUCCCGGACUCGGUCGUCGACCAGUGGAAGAACGGCCAAGACAUUACCGAGGAAGAGGAAGACGAGUACUGGGGCCGGUCCCGUGCCUCGAACACACCGGACGUCGACAUUGUUGCACACCUCCCGCUCGACACGAUCGUGGACGCCGACGGUGCGCCGAUCGGCUACGACUCGCUCAAGCAGUUUGUGCUUUUCUACUUUAACGCCAAGUGGGCCCACAACGCCGACGGCGACAAGCUCACGCCGGCUGUUUCCGCCUUCGCCAAGGCCAACGCCGACGACGUCUCGGUGGUUUACUACAGCUUGGACGCGGACGCGGACGAUGCCAAGACAGAGUUUGCGUCGUUCAAGCACAGCGCCAACUUGGUCGAGACGGCGUACCAGCUCGACAAGAUUAUGACCAAAGACGAUGCCUACAACACGCUCGCGGCGCCGCGCGUGAUUGUCGUCGAGAAGGACUCGCAUGCGGUCGUCGCCAAGCACCAUUACGGCAUCCUGAUCAAGCCCGACGAGGUCCUCGGGGCGUGGAAGGUCGGCGAGUCGGGCAUCACCGACGCAGAGGUCGGCGCGUGGUUCCAAGCGCGCUGGGAGGCCGAGCAAAAGAAGAAGGCCGAAGAAGAAGCGGCCAAGGCCGAGUCGGCCUAAGGCAGUAGUGGUUUGCGGACGUGCCAUGUGAUAACAGUGUGUAUGGGGACUCUUUUGGUUGUAAAUAAAUCUCCAUCGUGCAAAUUGAG